AUGAGAUCAUUCUUUAGUUCAUCUAGAAAUAAGAAAUCGAGUUCUAACUCUGUGAAAUCAGAAUCAGCUGGUGCGACUGGAUCACCGAUGCCAUCAAGCUCUAGUUCACAUAGCGUCCAUAUUCCACAUAGUACUAAGUCAUCACCUGCUCCAGGUCGAAGGAAAACUGUUAUAUCUCAUCCUACACCUAACAAGCAAAAGAAUGAAAAGAUAGCCAGUAAGAUUGGGAAACUAUCGGGAUCUGGACACUCAUCUGCUGUUGAUUUAUCAUCUACAUCAAACGGACCCCUGACUUCAUCUACAGGAAAUAAUAUUUCUACUAACAAUCCUGAAAUAAUAAAACGGUAUUCUGCAUCAACUCCAUCCUUGCAUAGCAAUUUAACUCCAAUACACUCUCCCUCGUUACAAAAUUUUAAGGAUGCCCAAGGCAAAUUGCCAACUAGUGCCAGCACCAGCAAUGUGGAAAAAUCUCACAAAGAAUCAGUACAUAAUUUACAUCACAUUUCUCCUAACAAUCAUAGAACUGGAAAUAAUAAUAAUAGUAAUAAUAGUAUUCAUAAAACACAACAAAGCCAUGAUAAAUCAAACUCUUCAACCACCCUUAUUACUUUGAAUUCUGAGAAUUAUGAUACAACAACUUUCAAAAUAGGUUGGUUAAAUAAAUCACAUGGCGAAAUAAUGGUAAUGCAUAGCGAAUCAACAACAGCGACAGCAACGGCAACGGCAACGGCAACAGCAACAGCAACAGCAACAGCAACAGCAACAGCAAAUAAGCAUUCAGAUAAUAGUAAUAGUAAUCAUGGUUCUAAUAAUAGUAAUAAUACUCACAACAAAAAUAAUACUCAUAAUCAUUCAACUCAUAAGCAUCAUAACCUAACCACUAAAGCAAGCUCAAACUCAUUAUAUUCAUCUGCAUCUUCUAAUGAUGUAAGUAAAAACUCAAAUAAGGGUUCAACAAAUCCAAAUAGAGAUAAUUCCAUGUUUAAUUUUUCAAAUGGCUCAAGCAAAGAUUCAAUUUCAGCACCUAGACAGCCUUCUAAUAAUCAAUCAGAAGGUACUCAGAUUAUGGUCCCAGAAUAUAGACUUUAUAAAGCUCAAUUAAAGGGGCCAAUACUUUCUUUAUAUAGAAGUGGUCUAAACAAUUCAGUGAAAUUCUUUGACCCUACUUUAAAAUCAAAAUCUACUACUUCAUCUGAAGAUUCCAAUAUUUCUCAUAGUGCAUCAACCUCGUUUAGUAGUCAUCAUGCGUCUCCAACAUUGAAAGACUCGAAUCAUCAAUCCCGCACUAUUUAUUCAAAUUCUAAAAGGAAAAAGACAGUUGAGUUAUCUUAUUUAAAAAUACUAUUUCCACAUCCGGGAUUAAUAUUAGAAGAAAGCUCUACAUUAAAAAUUAUUGGCGGUACGCCAGAGAGUUUAUGUCAUUCUGUACUAUUUUUACACGAAAAGGAUUCAAAUAAUGAAAAGGAAACUAAAAGAACAUCAAUAAUUAAUUUAAUAUUAGUAUUACCAUUAUUAGAUGAAAUAGAAAAAAUAUUAAACAUAUUCAUUCAAUAUUGUUUAACAUUUACACAAAAAGAAACAAAAUUAUCUUCAGAUUCUACUCAAUUUGUACAUAUUACUCAAGAUGAAGAUAAUCAAAUGACUGAAAGAUUAAUUUUACUAAUUCAAACAAUCGUUGAUCGGUUUCCAAGCUUCGUCUUGGAUAAGAGCAUAUACACUCUCAUUCUAUCAUUAGUUGAUGCAAUUUCUUUGCAUAGCCAAGAAAAGGCAAAAUUUAUAAAAACAACCCUGGCAAAAGCGCAUACAAAAUUAACAAACUUAACCUCAUUUAAUAAUCCCUCAGUGCCUAUUAAUAAUGAUAUUUUAAGUAUUGUAUUAGAUGCUGAAAAAUUUUUAAAAUUAGACAUUACUAAAUUCACAGAUGAACUUCAUCAGAUUAAUAUUAAGUUUGAUAAAGUCUGGUCUCCAAAAACAGAUUACUCUUUACUGUAUGAUUGUAAGUACGUCAAUCGCUCAUUGCAUGAUUUGAAUCCUUUAGUCUUUAAUAAUGAAAAAAAUAUUCAUUUUUUGGGGAGACUAUUAAUUUUACAUAUAUUUCCCAAGGAUGAAUCUAAAACAUUAUCUUCGAAAUUGAGAGCUAAAUUAUUAAAUAAAUGGAUCCAAAUUGGUUGUAAGUUUGAACAUAUAGGUGAUAUGGUGGGUUGGUUAUCAAUUGCUACAAUUAUUUGUUCGAUUCCAAUUUUACGAUUAAAAUCUACCUGGGAACAUGUUCCAGAAGAAUCUUUGAAAAUAAUAUACAAUGAUUGGACUCCAACCAUUAGUCAAUUAAAUAGAAGAGCUAUGUCAUUUACUCCAAUACAUAGUGUUUUUAUUCUAGCACCACCCAACUUAGACGACCCUAAAAUUAGAGAAAACGUUAUAUCAUAUUUUGGUGAUUUGAUUAUUCAUGCAGAUGAUUUAUCUAAAUCAAGUAAAUUUAAAUACCUUGAUAAGAAGAUUAAUAGGACAAAAAAUGCAUUCCAAAAGUGGCAGCAGCGUUUAGAUCGAACUCAUACGAAUGAUUCAAAUAAUGUAUCGGCCGCAUCAUUAGAAACUACGGAAUCUCACACCUCAGGAAAAGACAUUAUGCUAAGUCCACUAUAUCAACUUUGGAAGUAUCACUUACAGGAACCACCUACCAACAUUGAAAAUAUCAUGGAAUUAAGUAAAAAGUUUGAGCCAUCAUUUGUUAAUCAAGAAAUAUAUUCUAAUAUUGGCUCCCAGCGAAGUUCAUUACUGACGGGUAACUACUUACCUAUUUUAUUUAAUGAUUUACUCCCUAAUUACACACUAUUCGCCAAAGAUUUAUUAGUGGGAGCUGCCGGGUCUUGUCCAAUACCAUUAGCCUCGAAUUCUAGUAUGAAUUCUCCAACUCAUAGUGCUUUCUCGACUUCAAGCAGUCAAUAUGUCCCACCGCCAAGAUCAGCUGCUCGUUUAUCUCGAACUGUUUCCACGACUGAUCACUUAAAUUCAUUUGGGUUAUCUAAAGCAUCAUCUACAAAUAAUUUUUCUAAUUCAAACCUCCACUUAACAUCGAGUAAUAAUAGCACAACAGAUUUAUCUGUCUCUUCGAGUCAGGCUUCAGCCAAUUUAUCGAUGAGUGAACAAAGUUACAAUCAAAUAACGGGUAUUGAAGGAAUUGAUGAUCCAAUAACAAAAGAAAUGGCUAAUCUACAAUCGAAUAAGCAAGUUUUAAUGCGAACUAUUAGAGAUGUCUUCAAUAUCGAUAUGGAUUUAUUUCACGUUCAUGAUGAUUUAAUAUUUAAGUCUGCAUUUGAGACUGAAAGCACAAAGUCAAGGCAUGCAAGUAUGGUAAUUGAAACACCCAAAAGACUCUCCCAAUUGUCACUACAAAAUAGGACACCUACACUUAGAGAUUCUCAAGCAACUCCUGUCAGAUAUAGUAAGAAUAUUGAAAGUAUGGAUUUAUUCAAAAAUAUUGGAUCAAUGGCUGACUCAUUUGACGAUUCAAUAGUGAAUGUAGUCUUAAAGGCAUCUUCCUUAAAUAAAGUUAUCGAUCUACUUGUUUUCAAGACAAGUCUUUUCUCUAAGUUGGUUGAAACAAAGGAUUUAGAAAAGUACUAUUAUCAUCAGAAAAUAAGGAAUGCUGCACAUUCUGAAUCACCAGAUGAUACUAUCAAUUCUAGUGUUGGAUUACUCGAUUAUGCUUUUGUUAAGCUGGUUAUGAACACAGAAAUCUUCACUGAAACAUUUUUUAAUACUUAUAAGAGUUUCACAACAACAAAAACUGCUUUAGAAAUGCUAAUGAAGAGAUAUCUAAAGGCCAAGAAUUGUUCAGUUUCGAUAUCGUUGUCAUUUGACUCUAAUGAUACGCUUUCUUUAUCUGACAAUGCAUUUCCUAACUGGGAAGUGAAGGUUACAGAGGAAAUGGUUAUUAACUACAGUUAUGUAGCGAUGAUUCAAAUUGGUGUUUUGGAUUCAAUACUUGUAUUAGUUAAAAAUCAUUACGAAGAUUUUACAGAUGAUAUGGUUUGCAACGAUAUAUUUAUGGAUGCAUUAAAAAUUAUGGAUGAAGAGAUAUCUGUCGAAUGGCCUAAAUAUAUUGAGAGCAGCAAAUCUAGUGACCAGCCCGUUACACAAGAGCUUGACAGCUUUGUUGAAAGAAUGAAAAAUUUAGUAACUGACAUCAAGUACUACUUCCAGAAACAGAUUUACAGACCUAUCGGCCCAUCUCAUUCACAAACCAAAUUACAGGACUUAUCUAAGAUCUGGGGAUCAAUCAAUUGUCUAGAAUUUUGUCUUUCUCCAGAAAACAUAGGCAUUACUGAUGAUCUGAUAACAGAAUUUAACACCUUGACAUUUGAUAAAUAUGAAAAAAUUUUGGCAUGGACAUACAAAUUGGAUUCUUUAGUUACUGAUAGCUAUAAUUUAAUAACAUCUAAUGAAUGGUUUACGUUCUUUCAGCAGCUUGAAUUAUUUUCUAAUGAAUCAUUAAUCUCAUUGUUCUAUCCACAUUCUGAUAAAAACGCUAUAAACAUGUCAGUUAGCGGCCCAUUAAGGUAUAACACACUACAAAUUAGUAACAUAUUUACUUGGAUAACUAAGGUUAUUUCAAAAGACAAUAGUAAGGAAAUUCAAUUUUUCUCGACUAUUCCUCGUUCCAUUCAAAGAUUGAUUCAUAUCCAUAUAUCUCUGACCUCAUUAUUAACCCUUCAGGUAGGACAUCUUGAAAAAUCUUUUGAAGAAAGGGUAGAGGUUUGCACAAUUUUAUUGCAAAUUUUAAAUUAUGUUAGAUGGAAAAAUUCAAGCCUAAAUUUAUUCCAGGAACCAAAUGGUGACUAUUCUCAUAUAACCUCACCCCACGUACCUUCAUUUAUUGAAACUGCAAUCUGUAAUUCUAUUCUAACAGUGGAAUCACGAUUUCAUGAACAAACCUGGAAAGUAGCGCAUUCAAAAUUAUCUACACAUAAUACUAUUUUACAAUCCAUUACUAAUAUUUUAGACGGAAUUGAUGAUAGUCAUAUCCGUACAUUUAUUGCAAAUGACGAAUUAUCUAUUAGUUCGUCUAACAAUCUUUCUCCUUGUCCAGGUUGGUUUAUUUCUCGUUUAUUAGAAAUUUCAUUAUUUGUUCCAAAUAUGGCUACCACAAAUAGUAGAUUAAUUAAUUUCGAUAAGAGACGUUUUGUGAAUAAUUUAGUGCAAAAUGUGUUAGCUCUAAUACCAGAAACAUUUAGUCAAAGUACUAAAGAUUCUUCUGCUGGCUCUGAGAAUAAUUUUGGUAUAAUUUUAAAUUAUACAUUUGAAGAUAAUGAUGAAAUAUUUAGAAAUAAAACUAGAGCAGUUGCAGCUGCAGAAGCAAAAAUCAUGGACUAUGAAUACUGCAAUUUAUUUGAGGACUUAAUCGCCAAAGAAGUGGCUAAGAUUGGUUUCGAAGAAAAAAAAUUUGAACUUUUGGUUUCUCAGGAACAAGAGCAAAAUAAGAUAGUUACUUCUCAAAAGGCUCGACGCAAAAAAAAUAGAAAUUCGGUUAUGAUUCCAAGCAUACAGUUAUUAAACGAUCAAUCCAACAAUAUUGUGUCAUCUAAUACUACUCUUCAACAGCCACCAAGAGGCAAGAGGGGGUCUGUAGUGUCUAACAGCAGUAGAAAUUCGACUGUUACAUCUAACUCUAAUCACUCGGGUAUGGGUAAAAAACUUGGCGGUCUGUUUAAGCGCCCAUUUUCAAUCAGUGGAUUUUCCUCAUCCACGUCAUCAAACGCGUUGGAUAGUAUUGUUAGUCAGGAUCUGAGAAGUAAUGGAUCAAUCCCAUCAUCGUCGUUACCUGUUGUCAAUUAUUCUGAUUUUUCAGAUUCUAGACCAGUUUAUGUGAUAAAAACGUUUGAAAUUAAAAAUAUUCUGCCUAUUAUUAAUUACAAGAACGCAUCAGCAUAUUGUUUUGCUUUUAAGAUUAUUAUGCAGAGUGGCUCAGAAUAUGUUUUACAAGCAACAAGUCCAAAAGAUAUUGACGAAUGGUUGAAACUAAUCAAGGCGUCUAAACGAUACUCAUUUUAUUCUAAAAAAUACAAGGGGAAGACACACAAUAAGACAUUCGGUGUUCCAUUAGAAGAUAUUUGUGAAAGAGAAAAUGUCACUACACCUACAAUUAUUACUAAAUUACUUCAAGAGAUUGAACUGCGUGGUUUAGAUGAAGUAGGUUUAUAUAGAAUUCCAGGCUCUGUAGGAAGCAUUAACGCAUUAAAAAAUGCAUUUGACGAAGAAGGUGCCUUAAGUAAUUCAUUUACUUUAGAGGAUGAUCGUUGGUUCGAAAUAAAUGCAAUCGCAGGUUGUUUUAAAAUGUAUUUACGUGAAUUACCUGAUAGCUUAUUCACGAACGAAAAAUUGGUUCUGUUUGUUGAUUGUGUUAUUAGAAAAAGAAACGGCAAGAUUACAUAUGAAGAAUUUAGAAUGGAGGUGACGUCUUUAUUGCACAAACUACCAGAAUGUUAUUAUGAAACUUUGAAGCGUAUUGUAAGCCACUUAAACAAGGUACAUCAACACGUAAGUAAUAAUAGGAUGGAUGCUUCUAAUUUGGCGAUUGUAUUUUCUAUGAGUUUUAUUGAUCAAGAUGAUUUUACUGGGUCUAUGGGUACCACUCUAGGUGCAAUUCAAACACUUUUACAGGACUUUAUUAAAAACCCAUCAGAUUUCUUUUAG